AUUUAACUAACGACAGGGCUCGAGUUAGUAACUUAGUAACUAUGGAAAAGGAAAGUUUUGCCAACAAAGAGCUUUCACCAUCCUUAGCUACCGUAUCUCUUUUUCAACAUCUAUAAACAAGGGGAAAAAACACUCUUGAAUCCGCUCGAAAGAAUGACUGGUUCAUCUUUAUCCGACAGCGACAAGGAAGAAGUAUUCCACGACGCCCGCUACCCCGCUGAAGAAGAAGCAGACCUCCUAAGCCAAUCCAACACCCAUAAGUCCGAGGCGAACAAGCUAUUCUCCUCCGCCCGCUACUCAGAAGCCAUCACAACCUACGACCGCGCCCUCUCCUUUUGCCCAAACUAUCUAGACUACGAAAUCGCCGUCCUCCGUAGCAAUAUUUCCGCAUGCCACUUGAAGCUGGAGGACUGGAAAGCUGCCGUCGAGGCAGCCACGGCUAGUAUUGACCGCCUAGAUAGAGCGUUGCCACCCCAACCACGAAAGGGAAAGGAGUCGGCGUCUGGGGAGGGCGUGGGUGAUGGAGCCAGUACCAAUGCUAGUGCCAGUGCGGAUAGUAAUGACGUGGUAGAGCUACUAGAUGGUGACGGGGACGAAGAGUCGGAAGAGGCACAGUUGAAGAAACUCCAGGAGGAGGACAAAAGGAAAGAGGAUAUCCAGCGUAUACGCGCCAAGGCACUCAUGAGGCGGGCCAGGGCUAGGAUGGAGUUGGGUGGGUGGGCGAAUCUACAGGGUGCGGAGGAGGAUUAUAAGGAGCUGCUUGCAAUGGGGAAUUUGCCGGUGCAGGAUGACCGGGUUGUGCGAAAGGCGCUGAGGGAGUUGCCUGGUUUGGUGAAUGCGGCGAGAGAGAAGGAGGUUGCGGAUAUGAUGGGGAAGCUUAAGGAUCUCGGGAACGGGAUCUUGAAGCCUUUUGGACUAUCGACGGAUAAUUUCAAGUUCGUGAAGGACGAGAAGUCGGGCGGUUAUAACAUGUCAUUUGAAAAAUAAAGGUACGCGUGGUGUUUGUAAAUGGGCGUUUGUAAAUGGGGCGUUAAAGAGGAGGAGUUUUAAAAUAGAAGGAUUCAUUUUGUCGAACAUUAUAUAUAGUCAUUGAGUUCUCUGAGAAUAUCUACUUGCUCAAGCCAUGAUAUUUAUAGGAAAAAAUCCGGGCUUGCUGCACCAACGCAGGUUUUUAUCACGCAGAGCCACUUCUCAUGCUUGCUGUCCUUUUGCGAAAUACAUCGUUGGGAAAUGGAGCCUUUCGUUGAUAGAAUAAGAUCUUCAGUUUAUUUCAGAGGCGCGAGAGCUGCAUUGUUUACAAGGCGAAUUCCCAUGACAGCUGUAGUAAUAUCGUACGUAGGUCCUUCUCUACAUAGAAGAGCGUUACCUAUCGUCCUCCGGGAGGACAUGCUGGUACACACCACCGCGCUUUAUCCAGGAUCAACUAAAUCUUCUGCUGAGGUACUAUAUACUCAAAGGCUAGCAAAACCAGAG